AUGUCGCUCCAUCCGCCGCGGGUCGUGCAGCUCUCCGCAGCCGCCUCGCUCGCCGUGGUCUUCGGCGACGAGGACGAGUCGGCGGGCGAGAGCCACCGGAGCUCGGCCACCGGGCUGGAAGUGUUCGCCGACUUUAAGGCGCAGAAUAGGCGAAGCUUCUGGAAUAAGAGACUGGUAAGGGCCAUGGAUGAAGUGCACUUCCAGGGCUGGCUGGACAAUUUGGUGCUUUUUAUCCGGGGAAGUUCGGCUAGCUUGGAAGUGCUGAGGGAAGCGUGGAUGAGGAGAGCCCUCAAGUCUGCCGCCGGUUUGGUCAUCAGAGCUGUCGGAGACCUGACCCCGUUGAGGAUGUCCCCUGUUCCUCAGUCACAGUUCAUCCCCUUGGCAGAGGUGUUGUGCUCCGUCAUCUCAGACAUGAACUCCUCGCAAGUUGUCGUCAGCCAGGAGACACUCGUGAAUCACAUGAGCAGAUCACAUCCAGGGAUAACCAUCCCAACUCAGGACAUCCUCUAUAAUACCUUGGGCACUCUGAUUAAGGAGCGCAAAAUUUACCACACCGGUGAGGGCUACUUCAUCGUCACACCUCAGACUUAUUUUAUCACCAGCAACUUGGACCGGGAGAAGACCUGGUGGACCUCGGGCUCAGCGGAGGACCCUCCCUCACCUCCUCCUAUUACUUACCUUUUGAGCAACGACAUCUGCGUUGAGAGCACUCAGACACCCCCGGCGGCUCACUGCAAGUCUUGCAGCUGUUUUAGCCCACUCCCGACAUCCACUAGCUUACCACCCAACCUUCCUCCGCCUGCUGUUCCGGAUCAGCAUUCUGUCUCAGUUUCCGUUAGCGAGUGCACGGCCAAGAGCUUAAAGUGGCCACGACCGUCGGAUCACAAGCCCUCGGUGCAGCAUCAGACCACCUCCACAGUGGCAGACUGCCAAGCAAGCGCGGUCAGCAAAGCCACGGGUACAACCAACCCUGCUAGCCGAAAAGAGAAAGACAGUAAGUUGGGCAGGAAGUUCGGUCUUAGUUUGUUCCGGAGAAACGGGGCUAAAAAAGAGAAGCCGAAGAAGGAGUAUGUGUCUUUCUCGGGGCAGUUCCCACCAGAAGAGUGGCCGGUGAGAGAUGAAGAUGAUCUCAAUAACUUGCCUCGCGACCUGGAGCACGCCAUCAUCAAGCGCAUAAACCCCGAACUGACAGUGGACAACCUGACGCGUCACACGGUCCUAAUGAAGAAGCUGGAAGAGAGACGGGAGAAAGCUGUGGACAAAGGCGUAGACAAGGGAAUGUCGACGGAGAUUCUGACUAGUUCAAAAACGAGGCACCACCACUCCAGGUCGGCGAAAAGAUCCGCUCAGAAAAGCUCUCGUAAUAAACGCCGGGUGCACUCCUCCAGAGAAAAGCAACGGGAGAGGAUGAAGAACAGGCUUUCUGCAUGUACCCAUGGUUUUCCAGAGAGGGAGGAUUUGAUCCCUACCCGACUGCCAGUGGAAAUCCCAAUUGAUGAACCAGAUAAAGCAGAAAAUGCUGCGGACGGUAAAUUGCUUUACAAGAAACGCAUUGAAAACCCUUUCCAUUCUCCGGAGACUGGAAUACCUCCUUCUCCAACCAAUUGGGAGCAUCCAAAACCAAAAGGAAGCAAAGCACUGGCUAAAGAACGAACAAGCCAUCGUUCCAAAUCUUGGGACCCACAUCGGACAAAGCUGAGUUUAGCCAAUAAUGAACAAACGGCAAAGUCCCCAGCGUCUGAAGACAAAUAUGAUCAGGAGAGGGAUACCAAAAACGAACUCCUGCCGCAGCCCGACCAUAAGAUCUACUGUGAUUCUUUGGCAGGCUACAAUUCAGCAUACCCGCAGAGCUGUACCUUGCGGAUUGACGAGAAGGUACGACAUCGAAGGGAAGGAAACGGGGUGGAGAACAGAGAAAACCCUCACCUCAAAGAUGGCAGAAACCAGUCUUUGGAGACUGACCUGUCAAAUAUGCAACUGUACACAAAUUCUGAUCAAAUCUGGACAAAAAAUACUUUACAGCGGAAGCACUCACUCAGACUGACCAACGGCUCUCAAAAGCCUGAUGAGCUUUUAACGGAUCAAAACUCAAAGGACGUGAGAACAAUAACUGUUAGCAAAGACCAAGGGGAUCUGAGUAUGGGAGAUGACCUUCGCACAGUAACAGACAACGAAGAUGAACGCAGACUAUUUCAGAGAGCAGACCAUCAAGAUACCUGCAGCUCCCUGUGCUUGGAUGAGGGGGAGAUUUUACCAAACUACCUUCACCACCACUUAGUUUACCAUCAAUGUGAUACAGAAUCCAAACACCAGGACUCCAACGGCCACUAUUACGGCCCCAACUUUCACCACCAAUUCACCUCCAUCGACAGCCACUCGACGAACCAGAGGAGAACUUCUCUGAGCCCUGGCAGGCUCGGAGAGACCACAUGGAUGUGUCCGUAUACUCAGCAAAGUGGUGUAUCACUUCAAGAUGAACCAAGCUCCAGGAAAGAAGACCUGGUCCAGGAAGGAUUACACGAUGAGAAAGACCACCCCGAACCACCAGAAACUUUUGACAGCAGCAUCUUCGACUACUGUCCGGCGAGCGAGGUGGAAUCAGACACGGAGACUGUCCGCAAGUCUACGGACGAGGCUGACGGCGAGUUAGCCCAGUGGACGGAAGCAAAGGAAUUGCAAGGGGAGCAUUAUCACCAGAUGGGAGUUCCCCGGACUCCGGGACCUGCACUAAGCGGGCCCAGAGCGGCGGACACCAGAGAAGCAGGAGAACUUGUGGAAAACCAGAGCAUCACAGGAGACAGCGGGAUAGAUUCUCCACGGACCCACAUAAGUUUGGCCUCUAGCAACACCGUUAUUCUGGAAGGUCUCAAGAGGAGGGGCUUCCUACAGAACCUGGACAAACUGCACUCCAAGAGCAGCGCCAUCCGACCACAAAGCUCGCUGCUGCAGCUCACGCCCGUUAUGAACGUGUGA